AUGGCGACGCUGGCGCAUCCCGGCGUCGCUCCCAUGGGAACGGCCCGCAUGGCGUCCCGGGAACGGCGGGAAGCGGGCGGGGAAAAAAGGGACCUGGCGCUGCCGAUCCCUCCUCGCUACAACAAAGCUAUCCAGGGAAUUCUCUGCCCCAUGGCUGUGGAGCUCUGCCACCUCCUCCUCGCCCUGCAACGGGAAGACGGGAUUUGCCCGGCCUUUCCCAACCUGGGCGAAAAGGCAGGAAAAUUAGCCAAAGCCACGGAAGAACUCGCUGCUGUGGCAAGGAGGCUGUGCCAGGAUCCUGGCGAGGAGGGGAGCACUGUGGGUGAAUCCCUGCUCCAGGCUGGCAGGGACGUGCUGCUGGCAGCAUUCCAGCUCCAGCAGCAUCCAGACAGCCCUCGGCACCGACAGCACCUGGCAGCGGCUGCCAGGAGGAUCCUGAUGGAGACAGCAAAGGUGAGGGGACUCUGGGAAGGGACACAAGGAUGGGGAGGGAAGCUCCAGCAGAUCCAUGGAGCAAACCUCACCUCCAGGGGUAAAACAGGAAUGGGGAUUCCUGACCUGAGCAGCUUUUCUGCCUUGUUUCCUGGUCAGCUCCUUCAGCUGGAAGAGGCAGCAGGGAUGAGGAGGAUCCGGGGUGCUGCCAGCUGGCUCCUGGAAUGCCUGAGCGUGCUGCAGGAUGCCCGGGAUGCCCCAGGGCUGCUGGCAGCAUUCCAGCCCUUCUCUGAGGCCCUGCUCCUGCUGAGCCACCUCACAGCCAAGCACAUCCAGCAAAUCCAAGACUGUCCUGCAGGGAAGAGCUUGGCCCACACCCUGCAGCUGCUCCACGAGUGUGUCCCACUCAUCCACACAGCCCUGGCACGUCCCAGGGAUUGCCCAGCUGAGCUCUCCCAGGAUCCUGUUUUCCAGCUGGUGGAGAGGACCAUCAGGGAGCUGCUCUCCCUGCUCAGGGAGCCACAGGACAGGAGUGGGAUCUUCUCCCAGCAGGUGAGCAGGCUCCAGGCUCUCCUCUCCCACCCUGACCCCCUGCACCUCUCCGAGGGCGGCUUCGGCUCCCACUUGGACACCAUCAUUCUCCAUGGAAUGCUGCUGGCAGAGUCAUCCAGGCUGGAUCUGCAGCUGGAGCUGGUGGAACGCUGCUGGGUCCUGCUACAGCUGAGGAGGAGCAUCUGCAGCCACAUGAGGCAGAGGGAGGAGCAGGGAGAACACAGACUGGAGCGGGAAUGUCACAGCCUGAGGGAGGAGCUGGAAAAACUGGACAGGGCAGCGCUCAGGGCCACGCUGUGCCAAAUCCUGGAGGCAUUCUUCCAGGAGAAGGAGCCCCUGAGGCAGCUGGCUGAAGGUGCCCUCAGCCUUGCUGGUUCAGGGUGUUUUCCAGCAGGACCUGGAGGAAUUUUAAGGAAGCUCCAGCCCCUCAUUGCUGCCUUCUUCGCUCAGGCCCAGCAGAUGCUCCGAGCGGCCGAUCUGGUCCUGGCCAGGUGUGCCAAGGCCCAGACUGCCAGGGAAAUCCAGGAGGGCAUGGAGCACCUGAGGAGCCUGCUGGCCAGCCUCCCUUCCCUGCUCAUGGAAGCGAGCAGGAAUCCCAGAGAGCAGCUCCAGGCCCUGUGCUGUGCCUGGACCAGAGCCACCGAGAGCCUCCUGCGCUGCUUUGAGCAGACCAUUGGCAUGAGGGAGCUCCUGGAGCUAUCCCUCCUGGAGCUGGCCAGGCACAGGGAGUGGUGCCAAGCAGCGCUGGAACACCAGGAUCCCCAGGGCUUCUCCUGGCACGCUGCUCACCUGACAAGCUGGGCACGCUGGGUGGUGGCAGCCGCCACCCGCCACGUGGACGGCGCCACCGAUCCCAUCUUCAGGAAUGGUUUGCUGGUGUGGGUGGAGCAACUGGCCAAAGCCACCCUGGAGCUGGCAGCGCUCCCAGCCCUCGCUCCUGGAAGGUUUUCCUGCCUCCAGGGCCGGGAUGCCUUCUCCCAGGCAGUGAGCUCCCUGAUGGACUCUGCUCUCCGUGUCCAAGCCGGGCUGGAUGGCUCCAACCACCCCGAGAUCCUCAGCCCGCUCCGGGAGCGCGUGCGGAGCGCCGGGCUGGCAACGGGGCUGCAGCUCGGGAUGCACACCGGGGGGGAUGAGGCAGAAUUCCAAGGAGAUUUCCAAAGCCAUCCAGCUGACUUCCCCCUGGAUGGGGACUCAUGGAGAGGGGACACACACCCCGUGAUGGCAGCUCUGCUGGGAGCGUCCCGGGCCGGUGACACGGAUGCCGUCCGUGCUGCGUGCUCCGUGCUGCUGGAGCUCUCCCGUGGCUGUGUGGAAGCAGCACGGGAAGCGCUGCCCCUGGCUGAGCCCCCCCAGCUCCAGCUGCUGCAGCAGCACCAGGAUAUCGCAGUGCUCACCCCACAGAUCAUCAGCCUGGCCACGGAAACGGCCCCUGGGCAGCUCCCUGCUCCAGGCAGGCUGCUCCACAUGGCACUCGGGCUCUCAGCAAGGAUCCAGGAGACUCAGGAGUGCCUGGCAGCUGUGGCAGGCUCCUGGAAUGGUCUGGCCCAGCAAGUGCUUGGGUUUAUCCUCUCAGGUGACUUUCCAAGAGGGAAGCAGGCUUUGGAUGAGACCCUGCUGGGCUUAGCGGGAGCAGUGCAGGUGGCAAGAGACAUUGCAAGCACAGCCUGCAGCAAGGAAAAUCCCAAUCCCUCCCAUGUCCAGGAGAGCUUUCUGCAGCUCCAAGCCAAGUUUUCCCGUGCUCAGCUGAGCACCAAAGCGUUCCUGGAGAAGGCAGUGUCCUUCAGGGAACCCUGUGGGAUGGAAAAGGCCAUCCUGGAGCUGCACGGUGCCCGCUGGGCCAUUGGCAUGUGUGUCCUGCUGGAUGCCAUGGAUCAGUUCGUGGGCAGGGAUGUCCUGUUCCUGAGGGAGCUGAGCAGAGCUGUGAGGAACCAGGCUGGCCCACGGAGCCUCCUGGCUGCUGUGGCUGAGAAUUCCCUCAGGCUGCAGGAGGCUGCCCGGCUCUCCUACUUAUCCUGCCCUGGAGACCACGGUGCCAGAGAAAUCCUGGUGCUCCGGGAGGAGAUCCAGGUGUUCAUGGAAGCACUGCUGGAUGUGUCCAACACCCUGCUGCUCUCCCCACUGCCUGCUGCCAGCCUGGCCAUCCACUUUGAGCUCCUGAGGAGGGAUGUGGCCCUCAGGGCCAAGGCACUGCUGCUCCACAUGGGAAGGAUCAACCUGGAACAGCUGCAGCUCAUCCAAGACGUGGUUGGAGCAGCUCUGUCCAACCUCACCCAAGAGGAGAGGGAGAGGAGCAAAGAAGCUUUUGAGGAGAAGGCAAAUCAGCUCCGGGCUGAUGUCCAGUGGGUCAGGAACACCCUGCAGGAUGCUCAACUUCCAUCACAGCCUGACCUGCUGUCCAUGGCUGAGCACCUCCUGCUGCUCACGGGUGACGUGCUGGGAAGUGCCCGGCAGCACUUCCAGAGCCUCCAGGACACUGGGGAUCCCCUCCAGGACACUGGGGAUCCCCUCCAGGACAGUCUGGUGUGGUACUGGUCAGCCAAGGCACACUACCUUGUCACACAGCUCCGGGUUAUCCAUGGAAUGGACAGGGACAUCCUGGGAUGCCUGCAGCAGGAACCACGCUUCCCAGGAUCACCCAGCUGCACAGCCAGGCCCUGCCCAGCCCCAGAGCCCACUGAGGCAGCAGGAACUCGUCCAUGCAGGAGCAGAGGAGCCAGAGGAGCCGUGCAGGAAGUGGGUGAGCUGAAACACCCAGGUGGAGGAGACCACAUUCCAGGCUUGGCACCUGCUCCAUUACUGCCUCAACAGCACUGGGAUCCUCCCAGCAUCUCCCCUGCAAAGCAGGAGAGAGGAAACUGUGACAAGUGGCAGGGAGGGCCCAGCAAGGUGUCCCAGGUGACCCAGGACAUGGCCACGAGGAUGCUGCACAUGGCUCAGUUUCUGCGGAGGAAGGGCCCCAUUGCGGUAGGCAGAGUUUCAUCCCUCACUGUUCCUUAG